CGAGGAAGUCGGCAUGUUGAUACCGGCUGAUUUUCAUUGGCCUUGAUAACCGCGAGAUGCAACGCAUCAUUCGUCUCGAAAUAAGACAUAUGCAUGUGAUUAACGAAUAAUUAAUUUACUAGAGCGAUUAGCAGUAGUGGUAAUUUCGGUGGUAAUUAUCCGGAUCUUGGGAAUCAAUCGAUUCGUCGAUUGAUAUACUACGAUUAUUUUUAUCUCUUGGGCUCGAUCUCCGCAGAUAGAUCACUUGUAUACAUCCUAGUUGAGUUAUUAUUUAAAUGAUGAGCGAUAGCGAUGAUGAUCGACCACGUUUAAGUUUAGACACGCUUGCCGCAUUGGCAGAAUUUCUGGAGGAGAAAGAGGAACAGGGGGGUUUUUUGACACCUAUAUCCGAGGAAAAUCAGAUAACAAGUUUUAUCUUUGAUGAAGAUUGGCAAUUGAGCCAAUUUUGGUAUGAUGACAGGACGAUAGAGGCAUUUGUCAAAGGUGCCUUAGAUUUGACACCAAAGAAUGGAAAAAUUGCUUUGAUUUCGUGUCCAACACUCUAUAGUAAACUAAAGGAGGAAUCUGAUGAAAGGGAAGUUAAACUAUUCGAAUAUGACAGUCGUUUUAAGAUAUUCGGCACAGAUUUCAUAUGGUAUGACUACAAAUUUCCUUUGGAUAUACCCAGGGACAUGUCUAGUCAGUUUGACUUGGUCAUAGCAGAUCCACCAUUUCUUUCAGAUGAGUGUUUGACUAAGACAGCAGUAACAAUAAAGUUUUUGACAAAGGGAAACAUUGUGCUGUGCACAGGAGCUAUUAUGGCAAAGUUAGCAGAGAGAUUGUUAAAUGUCAAAAAAUGUGAUUUUAUACCAGGUCACAGAAACAAUCUGGCAAACGAAUUUUAUUGUUAUUCAAACUUUGAUUUUGAUAAAGCUCUGGAGUAAGCAAAUAAUAUUUUAAAUCAUAUCUAACAAAGAUAUAUUUUUGUGUCUAUCCACAUAGCACCAAGUCGACUAUUAGUUGACUGUCAGUCGGCAGAAGAAGUCUAAAGUUGACUUUAAAGUCAGACUGAAUGCCAAUUUGUAGUCGACAAAUAGUCAACAAAUGACUCGACUGUAGUCGGCCAUAAGUCAACCAAUAAGUCGACUUAGAAGUCGACUUUUAGGCGACUAUAAGUCAACGUUCAGUCAAUGUUAUGGCGAUUAUAA